GGAGGUGCUCUGACCAAUUCAAAAAUGGCGCCGAUAGCCUUACCUCCCCAGUGUUCCGUGGGAGCCGUAGGGGCAAAGGUCAUGUUGGAGUGCGCCGGCGCGAGAGGGCGGAGCCAUCUCCAUGGUAACCCGCGCGCAGCCCAGGCAGCCCAGGCAGCCCAGGCGGGCGGGAAGUGCUGGUGCCGAGAUGCUGGCGACAGGCGGGGCUGCGAGCGCCGAGGGGCCCGGGCGGCCGGGGCCGCUGCAGGACGAGACCCUGGGCGUGGCGUCCGUGCCUUCGCAGUGGAGGGGUGCCCAGGGCAUCCGCGGGGAGACGAAGAGUUGCCAGACGGCCAGCAUUGCCACCGCCGAAGCGUCCUCCCAGACCCGGAAGUGUGCAGAUGCCGAGGUGCAGACGGAGGCCCCCGAGCUGGUCCGCGUGCCGUCUGUGUCCCGGCAUGACGGCCCCCGGCUUGCGGCCUUUCUCCGGAGAGUGGAGGCCAUGGUGAUCCGCGAGCUGAACAAGAAUCGGCGGAGCCACGCCUUUGAUGGCUUCGAGGUGAACUGGACGGAGCAGCAGUGGACGGUGACCUGCCUGCACACCCUGGGCUACCCCCCAGCCCAAGGGCAGGGUCUGCACGUGACCAGCCUCUCCUGGAACACCACUGGCUCCGUGGUGGCCUGUGCCUAUGGCCGGCUGGAUGACGGAGACUGGAGCACGCUGAAGUCCUUCGUGUGCGCCUGGAACCUGGACCGGCGAGGCCUGAACCCCCGGCAGCCAUCGGUGGUGGUGGAGGUGCCCAGCGCCGUCAUGUGCCUGGCCUUCCACCCCACGCAGCCAUCCCACAUUGCAGGUGGGCUGUACAGUGGUGAGGUGCUGGUGUGGGACGUGAGCCGGCCCGAGGACCCGCUGCUCUGGCGCACGGGCCUCACGGACGACACACACACAGACCCCGUGUACCAGGUGGUCUGGCUCCCCGAGCCCCGGCACAGCCACCGCUUCCAGGUGCUGAGCGUGGCCACCGAUGGGAAGGUGCUGCUCUGGCAGGGGGUCGGGGCGGGCCAGCUGCAGCUCACUGAGGGCUUCGCCCUGGUCGUGCAGCAGCUCCCCCGGAACACCAAGCUAAGGAAGCCUCCCCGGGGGGAGACGGAGGUGGGCACCACGGCAGUGGCUUUCUCCAGCUUUGACCCCAGCCUUUUUGUUCUGGGCACGGAAGGCGGCUUCCCACUCAAGUGUUCCCUGGCAGCGGAAGAGGCCGCCCUCACGCGGAUGCCUAGCUCUGUGCCCCUGCGGGCCCCGGCACAGUUCACCUUCUCUCCCCAUGGUGGCCCCGUCUACUCCGUGAGCUGUUCCCCCUUCCACAGGAACCUCUUCCUGAGCGCAGGGACCGACGGCCACGUCCACCUGUACUCCAUGCUGCAGGCGCAGCCGCUGACCUCCCUGCGGCUGUCCCACAAGUACCUGUUUGCUGUGCGCUGGUCCCCAGUGCGCCCUUUGGUGUUUGCGGCUGCUUCUGGGGAAGGUGACGUGCAACUGUUUGAUCUCCAGAAAAGCUCCCAGAAACCCACCGUUUCCAUCAAGCAAACCCAGGAUGGCAGCCCUGUCUAUUGUCUUGAAUUUAAUCGCCAGCAGACUCAGCUCUUGGCUGCUGGCGACGCCCAGGGCACAGUGAAGGUGUGGCAGCUGAGCACCGAGUUCACUGAACAAGGGCCUGGGGAGACAGAGGACUUGGAGCAGCUGGCGGCAGAGGUGGCCACCUGAGGACAGUGGAGGAACAGCAGGGUCAUGGC